GAGAUGAAGUCUAUCAUGUAAUUGCUAUACAUUUAACAAGUCCUUCAAACAAGGUUACUUUAUAGAAUGUAUUCAAAUCCAUCUGAUUUGUUGAGUUUAUUGAUUAGUUACUAGAUUUAUGUGAUAAGUUACACGGAAAUAAAAAGUGCAGGAGUAGAAAUGUUAACUCAGACUAAACAUUUUCCUCUCAAGUGUCCAAUAUGUGUGCAAUGCUGUUCAACUCUAUCCGCAAUGAAGGUUCAUAUAUUAUAUCACACAGGAGAGCGUCCCUUCAAAUGUUUGAUAUGUGAAAAAACUUUUUUCAGACAGCAGCAUGUAAAGAGGCAUUUAUUGGUUCAUACAGGAGAGAGACCUUACAAGUGCUCUACAUGUGGAAAAUCCUUUGCAAACAAAAUCAACAUGAAGACACAUUCAUUGGUUCAUACAGGAGAGAGACCUUAUAAGUGCACUUCAUGUGAAAAAUCCUUUACAACCAAAAAUAAAUUGCAGAGACAUUCAUUGGUUCAUACAGGAAAGAGACCUUACGAGUGUGCUACAUGCGGAAAGUUCUUUUCAUUAAAAGGAAAUAUGAAGAAACACACAUUGGUUCAUACAGGGGAUAGACCUCACAAGUGCACUUUUUGUGAAAAAUCCUUUGCAUAUAAUACUCUUAUGAUGAAACAUAUUUCGAGGGUUCAUACAGGGGAGAGACGUUAUAAGUGCACUAUUUGUGAAAAAAACUUUACAACCAAAUGGGAAUUGAAGCAACAUUCAUUGGUUCAUACAGGGGAGAGACCUUAUAAGUGCACUUUAUGUGAAAAAUCAUUGAACACCAAAGGCCAUUUGAAGAAACAUACUUUGAUUCAUACAAGAGAGAAGCCUUUUAAGUGCACUUUUUGUGAAAAAUCAUUGAACACCAAAGGCCAUUUGAAGAAACAUACUUUGAUUCAUACAAGAGAGAAGCCUUUUAAGUGCACUUUUUGUGAAAAAUCCUUUGCACGUAAUUAUGUUAUGAUAAAUCAUAUUGCAAGGGUUCACCCAGGGGAGAUACGUUAUAAGUGCACUAUAUGUGAAAAACACUUUACAACUGAAUGGGAAUUGAAGAGACAUUCAUUGGUUCAUACCGGGGGGAGAACUUAAAAGUGCACUACAAAAAAAACAUCAAGGUACAGUACAUACGGUUUGGAUAUUGAAGAUAGACCUUGUAAGUGCACUACAAAUAUACAUGUGAAAAUCCUUUCCACGCAAAACCAAAUUAAGGUUGAGACAGUAAAAGGAAUUGAAGCAACAGAUUAUGUUGAUUUAAGAAUUAAUAUAAUACAAUAGAAAAAUAUAGAAAGACAAAGACAAAGAAAAAGGUUGAAACAGUAAAAGGAAUUAAAACAGCAGAUUCUAUUGAUUUACGAAUUAAUAUAAUACAAUAGAAGAAUAUAGAAAGACAAGAAAAAAGGAAAAUCCCUGUGCAUAGCAAGAUUUGACUACAAGACGAUACAAUGUUGAAUGAGAGAUGAAGUCUAUCAUGUAACUGCUAUACAUUUAACAAGUCCUUCAAACAAGAUUACUUUAUAGAAUGCAUUCAAAUCCAUCUGAUUUGUUGAGUUUAUUGAUAAGUUACUAGAUUUAUGUGAUAAGUUACACGGAAAUAAAAAGUGUAAGAGUGGAAAUGUUAACUCAGACUAAACAUUUUCCUCUCAAGUGUCCAAUAUGUGUGCAAUGCUGUUCAACUCUAUCUACAAUGAAGGUUCAUAUAUUAUAUCACACAGGAGAGCGUCCCUUCAAAUGUUUGAUAUGUGAAAAAACCUUUUUCCAACAAAAUCACGUAAAGAGGCAUUCAUUGGUUCAUACAGGAGAGAGGACUUACAAGUGCUCUACAUGUGAAAAAUCAUUUAAAACCAAAGGCGAUAUGAAGAGACAUUCAUUGGUUCAUACAGGGGAGAGACCUUACAAGUGCUCUACAUGUGGAAAAUCAUUAAAAACCAAAGGUGAAUUGAAGAAACAUUCAUUGGUUCAUACAAGGGAGAGACCUUACCAGUGCAGUACAUGUGAUAAAUCAUUUAAAACCAAAGGCGAUAUGAAGAGACAUUCAUUAGUUCAUACAGGGGAGAGACCUUACAAGUGCUCUACAUGUGGCAAAUCAUUAAAAACCAAAGGUGAAUUGAAGAUACAUUCAUUGGUUCAUACAAGGGAGAGACCUUACCAGUGCACUACAUGCGAAAAAUCAUUUAAAAUCAAAGGCGAUAUGAAGAGACAUUCAUUGGUUCAUACAGGGGAGAGACCUCACAAGUGCUCUACAUGUGGACAAUCAUUAAAAACUAAAGGCGAUUUGAAGAGACAUUCAUUGGUUCAUACAGGGGAGAGACCUCACAAGUGCUCUACAUGUGGACAAUCAUUAAAAACUAAAGGCGAUUUGAAGAGACAUUCAUUGGUUCAUACAGGAAAGAGACCUUACAAGUGCACUACAUGUGGAAAGUUUUUUUCAACAAAAAGCCAUAUGAAGAUACACACCUUGGUUCACACAGGGGAUAGACCUUAUAAGUGCACUUCAUGUGAAAAAUCCUUUACAUCUAAAGGCAACAUGAUGAGACAUUCAUUAGUGCAUAUAGGAGAGAGACCUUUUAAGUGCACUACAUGUGAAAAAUCCUGUACAACCAAAGACAAAUUGAAGAGACAUUCAUUGGUUUGUAUAGGAAAGAGACAUUUUAAGUGCACUACAUGUGAAUAAUCCUUUACAACCAAAGACAAAUUGAAGAGACAUUCAUUGGUUUAUAUAGGAAAGAGACAUUUUAAGUGCUCUACAUGUGAAAAAUCAUUAAAAACCAAAGGCGAUAUAUAGAGACAUUCAUUUGUAUAUACAGGGGAAAGACAUUACAAGCGCACUACAUGUAAAAAAUCAUUUUCAUUCGUUUAUACAGGAGAGAGACAUUACAAGUGCACUACAUGUGGAAAAUCAUGAAAAACCAAAGGCGAUGUGAAGAGACAUUAUUGGUUCAUACAGGGGAGAGACCUUACGAGUGUGCUACAUGCGGAAAGUUCUUUUCAACAAAAAGCAAUAUGAAGAAACACACCUUGGUUCACACAGGAGAGAGACCUUUUAAGUGCAUUACAUGCGAAAAAUUGUUUGCAUUAAAAAGCCGUAUCAGAACACAUAUUACAAGGGUUCAUACAGUAGAUACACUCAGAUACUUUAAAGUGCAGUAGGUAAAAACCUUUUUCCUUCAAAAAACAUAUCAAGGUACAGUACAUACGGUUUGGAUACUGAUGAUAUACCUUCUAAGUGCACUAAAAAUAUACAUGUAAAAAUCAUUUCCAUGAAAAACUAAAUUAAGGAACAUUAAGGACAAAUAUUUAGCAUUCAAAAUCAUUUUAUAAUAUACAUUUUAAUCAAUCUUGAGUGACCUACAAGUAAAUAGUUAUAAGAAUUUUUAUUCUCACUUAAUUUUAAACACAUUUUAAAAUCCUCUAGAGAUUAUAGGAAGAAAUCUAUAAGGUAUUUCUUAGAUUGUUUUAGAAUAUUAAUUUUGUCUGUGAUUUUAUGGUUUUGAAUAAAAUAUAAUUUUUUGUAGAUAUUAUAGCUAUGAAAUAGUAGGUUUGUUGACUGUAUUGAAUGUUAGUUUUUGACAAACAUUAAGUUUAACAUACAAAAGCGACCGGUAUUUGUAUUUGUUUGCAUCAUUUUUUUCCCUGAAUCAUUCUAGUUUAUUAGUUCUGAUAGCUUGCUUCCGUAUUAAAAAAAAAUUGUUUGGAUUUUUUUUAAGUUGCUUUAUAUACAAGAUCCUUUUGUAUAUAAAGCUUCUUAGUUGAGCGGAGCGAGUGAAGGUCUGAGAUCAGACCUAAUGCAAAACUAUGUAACUAAACCACUCAAUAAUGGCUAAAAAUAUUGAAUACAAUACAAUACUUAUACAAUAUUCUUUAUUGUUAAUUUGUCAAGAAUUACAAUAGUGUCAAUACAAUAGUAAAUUGUGCUUGUUAAUUUCCAGAAUGUUAAUAAAAUUCCU